AUGGUUGCAGUAGACUACCCAAGCCCUGUCAAGUUUUCCUCUCGCCUGAAAGACGGACGCGCAUUAGCUGAAGAUGUCUGGUCCAUCUACAACGUCGCCAAUCUUCCUGCGGACUGUAUCAACCUCGGACAAGGAUAUAUGAAUUUUGCCCCGCCGGAAUGGGUCAGAAAAGCUGCUGAGGAGGCCUUAGGCGUCGUGGCUGCAAACCAUUACUCUCACCCAAAAGGCCGUAUACGUCUCCGGCAAGCCAUCAAGAAAGUUUAUGACCCCCAGCUGCACCGUGAUUUGGACGUUGAGAAGGAAAUUCUCGUAACGAGCGGCGCUAAUGAAGGUCAAUACUCAGUGUUUACCGCUUUCCUGGAACAAGGGGAUGAAGUCAUAAUGUUUGAGCCUUUUUUCGACCAGUACUUGGCUUCAGUCACGUUCAACGGUGGCGUUCCCAUAUACGUUCCUCUGCACCCUCCCCCCAACGCCUCUGGGAAGUUCUCAAGUGAUGAAUGGAAGAUAGAUCCCAAGGAACUUAGAGCCGCUAUCACCCCGCGUACGAAAAUGAUCAUCGUCAACACACCGCACAAUCCUGUUGGAAAGGUCUUCACCAGGGCAGAAUUAGAAAUGAUUGCCUCCCUUGCUAAGGAACACAAUUUGUUGGUCAUGGCAGAUGAAGUGUACGACACUCUUGUGUUCGAUGGAAAAGAACAUGUCCGGAUUGCAACUCUUCCAGGGAUGUGGGACCGCACUGUAACGGUUGGGUCUGCAGGAAAAAGCUUCGCUGCGACUGGCUGGCGUGUCGGUUGGCUUAUCGGUCCAGAAUAUAUCAUCAGGCCGACGCUGGCAGCCUCGACGCGUAUCGUCUUCUGCUCCAACUCUCCGUUACAAGAAGCCGCUGCUGCAGGGCUUGAACAAGUGCAAGAACGCAAAUUCUUUCAGACUCAGACGGCAGAAUAUGCCGAACGACGAAAAGUCUUGACGGAUUGCUUUGAUACACUUGGGCUUCCGUACACCAAUCCGGAAGGGAGUUACUUCAUUCUUCUGGAUAUUUCUAGGGUAAAAUUUCCUGAUGACUAUGCCUUCCCUCAGAGUGUUCUUGGAAGAGGUCGAGACUUCAAAGCUUGUUGGUUCAUCGCUCUCGAAGUUGGUGUUUCAUCCAUCCCAGUUAGUGAGUUCUACUGCAUAGAGCACGCCAACAUAGGGGAGGUGUAUGCCCGCUUCUCGUUUUGCAAAGAUGUUGAUACCCUCAGGCAUGCUUCCGAACGUCUUCAAAACCUCAAGCAAUACAUUGUUUAG